UUUUACUGUUCACACCCUCCGCAGGCUGUUGGGGGCCCGGGGAAGGAGGUUUUCGGGCAGUGGUGGCUUUUUGACACGUCUCGGUCACGCCCGUUGCCUGUGAUAGAGCCCCGAGGAAGGGAAAUCUUCCCGCAGAAUGUGUGCUUCCACCUGAAUAGGGUAGGGUGGGGUCCUGGGGGCCGGGGGCGGGGAGAAGGGCAGUCAGCCUCUAUGGUCCAGGCCCGUGCUCCUCUCCGUCGGUCUCCUCGUGCCCUAGUCACGCGCCCCGCAUCUGCGCCACUGCCCGGCGUCAUCUUCCUCCCUCCCAGCGCCACCCCGCAGCGGGUGGUCGGCAGUAGUCCGGGAUGUACGACAGAGCUCCCCGGGAGAUAACGCUGGCCAAUUCCACUAGCACUGAUGUUCACGUGGGGCCGGGCUCCUACCAGGUGCCUUUCCAGAAGGAAUUCGUGUCAGAUGGCUAUGCUCCAUUUCUUUCUUUCGUAUCCCGAGAAAGUGCUUUUGUUACCCCUUUCACUGAGGAUGAUGCUCCAGGACCAGCUCACUACAAUAUUAAGAAGAUAAAGUGCAAUGUAAAGGGAGGCCUGAGUCUGAAAAACAGAGAAGCACGUUUUAAAAAGUUUGAUCCAGGUAAUCCAGGACCCGGAUACUAUGAACAGGCUUGUACUGGAGGCGUGGGGAUGAUAGAUUGGAAGCUGAGCGAUCCUAGACAACGCUAUGAUUUGAAAACUUCAAAAAGAUUUAACGUCUUCAAAAAUGUGUACGCACCUUCCAUUCCUUCCCCUGGGCAGUCACAUGGUUAUAAUAUAAAAGAAGAUGGCUCCAUAUUAAAACAAAGUCCACCUCCUUUGGAUAAAACACUGGGUCCAGCAUUCUACAAACCAUUGUUCGAUGCUUCUGAUUCAACUUCGAAAUAUAAAGGAGUACAUUUUGGCAACCUGUCAGGAAGACGGGAUUUACCAAUACUGGAAGGCCCUGGGCCUGGGGAGUAUGAUAUACUUCAGGAAAGUACACUGCAUUAUGAGAAUGUUAAUAUCAAGAAAGAAGAUAAACUAAAAAGUUGUCCUUUUCUUCCACGUUAUCAUGAGGUAUUAGUACUACAGGAAAAAAAAAAGGGAGUACCAGGACCAGGGAGAUAUGACAUUAAAAGUCAGUUUAAAAAUGUAGAAGAUGAGACUUCAAGUAUAAAUGAAAUUCACCCUGCUUUCCUUUCACAAUGCCAGAGAUUUAUACCUGUGAAAUCAGUCACUCCAGCUCCUGGCACAUAUAAUGAUCAUCGAACAGCUCUUGCGACUUUGAAAAAAUUACCAGCACAAAAAAACACCCCUUUUGGUCGAACUUCUGUUCGCUUCACACAGAUUUCCAGUGUAGACACACCAGGUCCUGGGUGUUAUGAUAUUUCAAAAAAUAUUUCAUUUGAUCCUGUGAAAAGUUCUUAUGUGGAGGGAACAAAGAAAAGUGCAUUUGGAUCUUCUACUCCUCGAAAAUGCCAAUUGAUUAAAGAAGAAGAAUAUGGACUUCCUGGGCCAGUUGAUUAUCAGAUUACAGAAUUGCCUGAAGAAUCAUCAAAGAUAAGUAAGGAUUCAAGUACCUUGCUGUCAAAUUUAGAAAGAGAAAGUAAAGUCUCAGUUACGGAUGUUCCACCACCAGGCCACUAUGACGUUCAAAAAUCAUUUGAGAAAUCAUAUGGCAGAUCUAAAUACAUGCCACCUCGAACCUGUAUUGCCAGAAUAAAGCAUAACUCUUUCCUUAGUUCAACUCCUAGAAGUUUUGAGAUAAAGAAAGAUGGACCAGGACCUGCCUCAUACAACCCAAUUUUCAAGACAUGUCCCAAACUGUCCUUAUUUCUUAAAAAAGAAAAACGCUUUGUGGAACCUAAGAAUAUAACUCCCGGUCCUGGAACAUAUAAGCUGAGUCCAAUUUUCAGAGACACUGUGCUAAAAGGAACCUUUAAUGCUACUCUACGGAAUCCUUUAUUGUGGAAUGAGGUGGAAAAUGUCUCUCGGAUUCGAUCACCCAAAUUGCAGUUCCAUCUAGGAAGCAAACCUGCGAUUUUAAAAUGACAUGUUCCAAACUUCUGCCAUCUAUUACUAGAAACAAGCUGAAAGGUCUUUUUACAAAGAAAUCUUUUAAUUUUGAUGAAGUUCUCCAUCGGCUGCUCAAAGAAAUAUAAUUGCUCUUAUAACCUUGAGAGAGAAAACCUGUUCUUGCAAGAAUUCCAAUUCUUUUCUCUCUGAUUUUUUUCCUAUUACAGAAGUAGCACAGAUGUCUAUUUCUGUCUGUCUUAACAUAUAUCAUUGAUGCUUCCUUCUCAAAUUUAACACUGAAUAAAAAUAAUUGAUGGGAA